GCCCGCCACCUCCUCACUUCCCAGCAUUCCCUUCCUGGGAUCCCUUUGGCCUUAAAGCAAUCCAUUGACCUUCGCACAUCCAUGGACGGAAAGUACAAGGAGAUCGCCGAGGAGCUGUUUACGCGCAGCCUGGCGGAAAGUGAGAUGCGCAGCGCCCCCUAUGAAUUCCCAGAGGACAGCCCUAUUGAACAGCUGGAGGAGAGGCGGCACCGCCUGGAGAGACAGAUCAGCCAGGAUGUCAAGUUUGAGCCAGACAUCCUCCUGCGAGCCAAACAGGAGUUCAUGAAAACCGACAGCGCAACAGACCUCGAAUACAUGAAAGAGCAGAACCAAUCUCCUGACCUGCAGGAAAGGGAAAUGAUCCCAGAGAAGGAGUACCAGCGGGUCACCAUCUCUGGGGAGGAGAAAUGUGGGGUUCCCUUCACAGAUCUGCUGGAUGCUGCCAAGUGUGUGGUGAAGGCACUCUUCAUAAGAGAGAAGUACGUAGGCCUGUCAUUGCAGAGCUUUUGCAAGACUACAUCUCGAUACCUGCAGGAGCUGAGUGAGAGACCCCUGGAUAUGGGCAUCUAUGAGGAGGAGAUCCCAGAGGCCAAUGUUACUGCUGAUGCCACAGUGCACCCACCUGUUUCUGAAACACACCCCUAUGAGAACCAGGACCCUGCCAGCCAGCCCCCUGACAUGGGUUAUGGCUGCAAGAUGGUGAACGGCGUGGUGCAUGUGUACACUACCAGAAACACAAUGGAUGAGAGCACAGAGCUGGAUCUGCCAUAUCCAGACCUGCAGGAGUACAUUGCUGAUAUGAACGUCAUGAUGGCCCUCAUCAUCAAUGGACCAGUAAAGUCCUUCUGCUACCGUCGUCUGCAGUACCUCAGCUCCAAGUUCCAGAUGCACAUCCUGCUCAACGAGAUGAAGGAGCUGGCAGCACAGAAAAAAGUCCCCCAUCGAGACUUCUAUAACAUCCGUAAGGUCGACACACACAUCCACGCCUCGUCUUGUAUGAAUCAGAAGCACCUGCUGCGUUUUAUCAAAAGGGCCAUGAAGAAAUAUCCCGCAGAGAUUGUUCACGUGGAGAGAGGAAAGGGUCAGACACUUAUGGAGGUGUUUGAGACCAUGAACCUCACGGCGUUUGACCUGAGUGUGGACACGCUGGAUAUGCAUGCAGACCGCAACACUUUCCAUCGCUUUGACAAGUUCAAUGCAAAAUACAACCCCAUCGGCGAGUCAAUCCUGAGAGAGAUAUUCAUCAAAACCGACAACUAUGUUGAGGGAAAAUACUUUGGUCACAUUAUCAAGGAGGUGAUGGCUGACUUGGAGGAGAGUAAGUACCAGAAUGUAGAGCUGCGGUUAUCUAUCUACGGUCGCUGCAGAGAUGAGUGGACCAAACUGGCCAAGUGGGCUGUCAAACAUCAGGUCUACUCAGACAACGUGCGCUGGCUUGUGCAAGUGCCCCGACUCUUCGACGUCUACCACACCAAGAAGCAGCUGUCCAACUUUCAGGAGAUGCUGGAGAAUAUCUUCAUGCCUCUGUUUGAGGUUACAGUCAACCCAGGCAGUCACCCCGAGCUGCACCUCUUCCUUCAGCAUGUUGUGGGCUUUGAUAGCGUGGAUGACGAGUCGAAGCCAGAACACCAUAUUUUUAACCUGGACAGUCCUCUGCCUGUCAACUGGACAGAAGAGAACAAUCCGCCCUACUCCUACUACCUCUACUAUAUGUAUGCUAACAUGACUGUGCUGAAUCACCUGCGCAGGCAGCGGGGGUUCCACACACUCGUGCUGCGGCCACAUUGCGGUGAGGCGGGUCCAAUCCAUCACCUGGUGUCAGGCUUUAUGUUGUCAGAAAAUAUCUCCCAUGGCUUGCUCCUCAGGAAGGCUCCCGUACUUCAGUAUCUGUACUACCUGGCUCAGAUUGGUAUCGCCAUGUCCCCGCUCAGUAACAACAGCCUGUUUCUCAGUUACCACCGUAACCCCCUCCCAGAGUAUCUGUCCAGGGGCCUCAUGGUGUCUCUGUCCACAGAUGACCCCCUGCAGUUCCACUUCACCAAGGAGCCCUUGAUGGAGGAGUACAGCAUCGCCGCCCAGGUGUGGAAGCUGAGCUCUUGUGACAUGUGUGAGCUGGCCAGGAACAGUGUACUGAUGAGUGGAUUUUCUCAUCAGGUAAAGAGCUAUUGGCUAGGCCCAAAUUACAUCAAGGAAGGCCAGGAGAGCAAUGACAUCAGGCGCACCAAUGUCCCUGACAUCCGUGUGGCUUACCGGUAUGAGACUAUGUGCGAGGAGCUGAAUUUAAUCACACAAGCCAUUCGCACGGAUGAGCUGGAGACCAUCGAGGAAGAAGGGAGUCUGUGUAUGGGAGCCAUACGCGUGGAGAAAUGA